AUGACUGAGUAAAUAAUGAUAGAGAGAGCCUCUGAUAGGUUCUUUUCAACCUCAUCAAAUAAGAAAAGAAAAAAUUCUGAACGCAAGACUUACAAUAAUCUACCAUCAUAGUCACUUCAGUCAUCUUUUUAUGGAGGCAAGAAUUGGGGAUGGUAAGAAAAUAACUAAGAUUAGAAUGGCAAUCAAAUUUCAACGAUAAAGGAUGAGUUUAUGAGAAAAACCUUUUUUAAAGAUAAAUAUUUGGAUUACAUGCCGCAAUAAAAUAACGUAUUCUUGAAAAUAGAGACUAAAGUUAAGAAUAAUCUGAGAAAUACCGGUAGAGUGAAGCUGAAUAGCAUUGAUCUUGCAGAUAGAAGAGAUGGAAGUGUCACAAAUGAGUCAUAAAAUGGGGUAAUUUAUGAUAAAAAGCUAGGGAGAGAUAUGUGCUUAUUUAUAGGAUCAAAGGAGUUAUUUGUACCAAAAAAGCAUAAAUUGAUAGUAAGUCUAAAUCCGAGUCCCAAAAACCGAUUUAAACUGAGAGAAGGAAGGCGUUCUUUAAAGCCGAUUCAAAAUUAUGAGGAUGAAGCUAUCCCUAUUCCCAAAUUAGAUAACUUUGACUCUAGAAAGAGUAAUGAUAAAAAUAAUAGUGAAACUGUUAGCCUGCUUAAAGUCAAUAGGCCUACGGUGGUCUUUACGGAAAAAGUAACAUCAGUUAAAAAAACUAGACAUAAUCAGUCCUUGAAAAUAGAUGUUAAUAACUUUAAUAAUUAAACUGCUUUAAUUGAUUAAAUUUCAACAGAGACUUUUCAAACUCCCUAAAAGUAAUCUUAAUUACAUAAAUAUGAAGAAGAGAUUGAGGGAUAAUACAAGAAAAUUGCUUUUUCAGACUUUAGAGUAUAAACUCAUAUUAAAAUGACUUUCCUUGCUCCAAAAUUUUCAUAAAAAUCUAAUUGGUCGCCUACUGGAUCAGAUUUUAAGUUGACCUAAAUUCAGAGGAAAUUUAUCAAGAGAUAUUUAGAGCUCCGAUUCACGAAACUAUAUACAGAUCGAAUAUUGGAUUUCUUCGAGUUCAAUCAAGUUGUAACUAUUAAUGAGCUUUUUGAGAAGUUUAAUAUUCUUAUUUAAGGAGGUCGAGAUGAGAUUAUGAAAUUCUGCUUUCAGAUUUUCGACUUAAAUUAAGAUGGUAUAAUUUGUAUGAAAGAUCUUUCUGACAACUUAAACAACUUUUAUGAUUAAGAUUACUAUCUAUAGCGAGAUAUUAAUAACUUUGUCAAACAUAUUUUUAAGAAUCCGAGUGAAAGAAGAACAUUAUCAAAUGUAAAGCGAGGAUACCCUACAGCAAGUGUCUUCAAUUAGUUUAAUAAGCUAAAGAAAUGUGGCAAGAGAUUCAUCAAUCACAAAGAGUCAUAAAAUAAAAGACACAGGGUUCUCAAAUGCUAUUUGAAAUAACAGCAUCCAUUAAACUCCAAAGUAAUCAGAUCAUAGCAAAAAUUUCCAAAGCAUAAAUUCUAAUUCUGCUGGAAAUACUCCUAUGUCUAAGAUUGA